UGCUGAAUGAAAUGAUGCGUGACCUGCUGAUUCCCUAUAUCCUUGAUCCAGCUCCCUAGCCGAGCCUGAAAAUGAUCGUUUCUCUCACCUGGAGAAUACCGAUAUGAAGAACGACGGAGAAUCGGAGAACCGGUCUAUGUUCACCAAGGCCGACUUCGAUCCAUCCGUCCUGCCCGACAAUGAGAAGAAGCUCAUUGAUGAUGAAGGACUAACGGAGUUCGCAAAGGCCCUGGUGGCUCCCGAACCGUCGACAGCAUACGAGGAUCUCCAAGAUACCCCAGACUCAUCGAAAACACAAUAUCCUCACUUCAUCACCGCCUUAAAUGAUUGGCGACCCAUCCGACAGCGUGUACGAAAACGAAGAAGACCAGACAGGCGUGGGGCCGACGAGACAAGAGAAGGGUUUGUCUAUACUUUGCUGAAGUGGCCUCUAUUGCUAUUCGUCCUUGGGUGGCUGCUUUGGCUCGGCAUCGCAUACCUAGUCACCCGAGUGUAUAUCUUUGGGUACGAGAAACUAUUCGCGUGGAGAGGCAAACGGGGCCGACUUCGAAACAAGUUGAGGAACACUACAACAUAUCCGGGGUGGAAGGCUGCUGCACAGCAUCUCGAUGCACACCUUGGAAACGAAGCGUGGAAGGGCCGGGACCAAUACGCAUACUAUGAUCAUCGAACCGUCAAAAGAGUACGGGACCAUCUGAUCGAGUUCCGGCAGAACGCCGAGGCCGAUGAAACUCGACCAUCCGGGCCUGAUCCACGGCCGAUCGACGAACUAAAGAGCUUAUUAGAGGCCUGUGUUAAGAACAAUUUUGCUGGGACGGAGAACCCGAGGCUUUACAGCGAGUCAUACUAUGGAACGAAAAAUCUAGUCCAGUCGUAUCUUGAUGAACUAGAACGAUCAUUGACCUUUAUAAUCAAAUCAAACCAGAUCGAUCCGGACACGAAGCGACACUUCUUCCGUCACCUCCGAGUCAACUUUGGUCGGACCGCCUUGUGCUUAUCUGGAGGUGCAAGUUUUGCGUAUUAUCAUUUUGGAGUGGCGAAGGCGUUGGUAGAUGCCAACCUGUUCCCGGAAGUCCUAACAGGAACCUCUGGAGGAGCUCUCGUUGCAGCCCUUUUGGCGACUCGGACGGAUGACGAGCUCAAAAAGCUCUUGGUACCAGCACUGGCCCACAAAAUCACUGCCUGCCAUGACGAUAUUCGAACAUGGGUUACUCGCUGGUGGCGGACGGGAGCGCGAUUCGAUGCUGUGGACUGGGCAGAACGAUGUUCAUGGUUCACUCGGGGCAGUACAACGUUCAAGGAGGCAUUCGAGCGAACUGGCCGAAUCCUGAACGUCUCUUGCAUUCCCUCAGACCCUCACUCGCCUGCGAUCCUAGCAAAUUACCUUACAGCCCCCGACUGUGUCAUUUGGUCCGCUGUUAUUGCGUCCGCAGCCGUCCCUGGAAUCCUAAAUCCCGUCGUGCUCAUGAAGAAAACCCGCGACAAGCACGGCAAAGAGAUGUUGACUCCCUAUAGCUUUGGCCACAAGUGGAAAGAUGGCUCGCUCCGCACCGAUAUCCCAAUCCGCUCUCUCAACCUUCAUUUCAACGUCAAUUUCACCAUCGUCUCCCAAGUCAAUCCUCACAUCAACCUAUUCUUCUUCUCCUCUCGAGGAACGGUCGGACGCCCCGUCACCCAUCGUCGUGGACGCGGUUGGCGAGGCGGCUUCCUUGGCAGUGCUCUCGAGCAGUAUCUCAAGCUCGACCUCACUAAAUGGCUCAAAGUCCUCCGUCACCUCGAACUCCUUCCUCGACCGCUGGGCACGGACUGGUCGGAAAUCUGGCUCCAGCUCUUCAGCGGCACCAUCACCAUAUGGCCCAAGAGCGUGCCUUCAGACUUCGUCUACAUCCUCAGCGACCCAACGCCCCAGCGACUAGCUCGCAUGAUCCGCAUGGGUAUGCUCAGCACCUGGCCGAAACUCCGGUUCAUCGAGAACCGCAUGAAAAUCGAACGGCUCAUCGACGAAGGUCGCCGCGCGACCCGUAUCGUGGGCUCCCCUAAUGAUGGCCGUCCGUUAGCUGCCUCUCGCAUGCUCUCCGAAGAGGACCUGCAGACGCUCCUCCAGGAAGUCCGCAAGACGAGCAAUCUCGCUCCUGCUGCUGUUACUAGUGAUAACACUGAUGAUGAGGAUGCGUUCCAUUUUGGCGGUGCGCACGCGUCUGGAAGCAGAGCGAGGGGCACUAUGAAGUCGGGAGCUUCAUCCCCCUUGAACUCUCGUAUACCGACUUCUCACCUCCGCAAUAUCGACGACAUCAUCGGAAGCGAACCAGAAGACGGCAGGGAUGGGCAGACCAACGAGUCCGAAACCGAAACGGAAGAGCCAAGAGGCGGGCAAAAGAGCCCAACGCUCGCCGAACGGCUCUCCUCAAUCUUCAACCCGUCUUCCCGUAAGGCAGAAAAGAGGUCCGGGCUAUAUCGGUCCGGGAACCAUCGGGCGCUGAGCAUGUUCGAGCUGCGGGGCAACCCGUCCGCACACGAGAACAGUAUCCUGGACCACCCCGACGAGCCAUCGGACGAAGUCACAGAUCAUCGGCGGGGGUCCAAGCACUCCGUCCUCAAUGAGCUCCGGAACCAGAGUCGGGUGUUCUGGGAUGACGAUUUCAGCAGCAGUGGAGGAGAAGAGGAGGGCGGGUAUAGAAAUGUGGCGGAAGUGAUCUACGGCACGGACGGUGAGAUGGACGCGGAGCACGUUGAGACAGGUAUAGGGAACGCUGAGAAGAUUGUGAACGGUACCAAGGGGACAAAGGUUGGAUAAUCUAAGGGCGGAAUGCUAUUAGUGGGAUUCUAGCUUUCCAAUACCUUGGAUAUACACCGUUUUGCCAGCGAAGUCUGGCCAUGUAACCCCACCACCUAAACCCCUGAACGAUUAGAAGGAUACGGUAGAAAAAGGUUAGAUAGAUUGAAAUCAGGAUCUUUUCUUGACUACCUAGAUAUACUUGUUAUAUUCAAACAAUGAAUGUGUGGGAAA